AUGUCUUCUAACGACGAAAGCAGCAACGACACCACGAAUGAGGAAGCUGCAAGCCUCCCAGAGACUAUCUACUUCGAGGAGGAUGGAGCGUAUGUCGCUAUCGGCCAACGACAGGUCGUUGUCUCCGGAGCCCGUGAGCCGGUCAAGGCGUACCUAACGCGUUUCUUCGACCAAUAUGAUGAUGUGGUUGUGUGGCACAUGAUGGUUCUUGAGGAGCCACGUGACCCCAAGGCCGAUUGUUCCGGAGAUGGUAGUGAAGCGUCAGGCUCGGGCCCGCAGAACGUCGAAAUACUUCUGCAAUCUUCCCAUCGCUUGACCAGUCUGGCGCCGCCUUGA